CCGGGAAGUUCCGGGUAUUAGUGACCUCUCUUUUUUGUUGACCCCCCCUGAGUGAGUCUCUGCUAAUACACAAGGGCGUCGCGCACAUAGUAGUUCGGCGCCGAGUUCACUGGCGACGUGGCCAGUGUGUUCGUUUAGAUGCGCUCAUUUUAUCGUUCGUUCUCUCAACUCUCUGCUGUUCACAAAGGCAAUGCUUUCGAGCGUCGAUCCCAGCAGCUCCUGCAGGAUCACUUCUCCAUGCUCCUCCGUCGUGUUGGCGGCAAAUCAGAUGGAGGAAUAGAUCUCUUAGGCUGGUGGUGGCUUCCUCUUUUCCCUGCGGAUGCGAUGCCCCAAGGUGACGCGUCCCAAACGUACCCAGAUACUUCUCGUCGACGUCUACGUGUCCUUGCACAGUGCAAGGCGGAGAAGAAGAAAUUUGGCCCCAAUUAUGUUCGAGAAAUGGAGGGUGUUUGGCAUACUCAUGCAUACCCUCCUGCACCGCGCUUUACAUCAUUCCUCCAACCACUUACUGGACCUGGUUCACAUUCACAUACGGCUGCAGUGGAUGCGCAACUCCACAAACAGAGUUUCGAGGAACACCCACAUCGAUGUGUAGCUGUUUUGAUAUCCGAGAGUCCCUUCACUAAGAGCACACUUCGCAGCGCACUCUCUUCUACCGUUCCAUUUUUACUCCUCCACCUCCCACCUCCCUACGUCGCGCAUGCAUUUCCUGACAAUCUGUCAGACUCUACCAGUGGAUCGUCCGCGGCACCACCCCCGCUUAUAGGCGCUGCUUAUCCUAACCCUCCACUUGUGCAGCUUAUCGCGCCUUUGGAAAUCAGAUGGGAGAGACCAAACCGGCCCAUCAAUGGACUGUCACCGGAGAUGGUAUCUGAGGGAAGCGGGCGACCUGGCCUCUGGUUGGGCAUUCAACGAAUUGCUAGUUGGACUACCGACCAGCUCGCGGACAUGUAACAGUACAACUCAGUUGGUUAGUCCCGUGGUAGACGUGCCCACUGUCAUGGGAAUAGCACUAAUCACCCUCUUUGGAAGAAAAUGUGCGGUGCUGAAGUGGAGUUUCAUGCAAAUUCGGGAGAGCAUCACACUCGAUUACCCUGGUCGCGGCGGGAACCAAAUUUGAGGGUCCCCCCAGAGUAACCGACAGCCCCGUUUUUCUACUCCUGCCUCUGUUCACCUAGUUUGCACUACAACCAUAUGUAGUAUGUCAUCUCGGCAAUGCUGACAUGCG